AUGGAGCAUCGAUCUACAGCCUCAGCGUACUCGCACCAUCACCAUCAACACCGCAUCGAAAUCCUCCCCACCGCCGCGCUUCGCGCGAGCUUCACCGCUGUCGACGUGCUUGGCAAGGGGCAGUACGGCGUCGUCUGGCGCCUCGUUGACCGCCGCACCGCGCGCCAGUUCGCAUGCAAGCGCGUCUCGCGCGCCGCGUGCGGAGAAAACGCGCACGCCACGGCGCGGCGGGAGAUCGAAAUCAUGGCGAAGCUUCGCGGAAAGGGCUGCGGACAUAUAAUCGGCUUGGAAGGAGUGUACGCGGACCGAGAUUCGUUAUACAUGCUCAUGGAGCUCGGGACCGGAGGGGACCUUUUAGCGAAGAUACAGAAUGAAGGGAUGCUUAGCGAAACGGAGUCCCGAGAUAUUUUCGCGUCGGUGGCUCGCGCCGUUAAAGAGUGUCACGAUAACAGCAUUAUUCACCGCGACAUCAAGCCCGAAAACAUCCUUCUCUGCCCGAAAAAAACAGCUCCCGGAGCCGCAGCCCCGGAUUCUUUUUCGCACAACAUUUCGCAAUCGUCCUCUGCGGCGGGAAACCCGCAACACGUCGCGAAACUCACCGAUUUCGGCCUGUCGCUGGAGCUGCCACGCUGGCAGCAGGUGGUUGGCUACGCGGGAAGCUACCCAUACGAGGCGCCCGAGGUGAUGGCUUUAGAGCCGUACGAUGAAUCCGCUGAUAUCUGGAGCCUCGGCGUGUUGCUGUACGCGAUGCUUUCGGGAACAUGGCCUCUGUUCCGUGAUAACGUUAGAGCGCUCGACGAUAUCGCGGAUUGGGAGGCGCCCUGCUGGUCGUCGAUCUCGGACGACGCGAAGAAUCUCAUCCGUUGGAUGCUCGCUGUCGACCCCCUCAUGCGCCCCACGAUUGACCAAAUACUCGCUGACACGUGGCUAGCUCCACCUCCCCCGCCUCCCUCCCGCCGCUUCACCCAUGCUGACGACAUCCCUGCCGCGUUUCCCGCCGCGAUUCCCGCCUUUGUUGCAAUUCCUGACAUCAAGUUCCCCCAACCUGACUUUCCCGAGCCUAACUUAACCAAACCUGCAUCCAAGAAGCUGGAAGUCUCUAUCCCCGAAGCUCCAGAACACCCGGUUAGCCCGAAAAAAAACUCUCCUCGUGGGAACUACUUCAGCAGCCCCAAGCAUGCAGCAGCAGCGCUGAAGCACGUGGUCCCCACGUGCCUGGCUUUCAAGAUGCGCGCCGGGCGGCGGGGAUCGUCCCGUGUGGCGCCGACAGCUGUCUGCCUCUCGCAGUCGGUUGACGGGGCGGCAGGAGCCAGGCAGAGCCGCCCAAUCGCAGCGUAA